AUGAUGCUGCGUGGAAGUGCAUUGGUAGGAGCUGUAUUCAUAGCGACAACUGCAGCAUGGAACGUAGACGUUCAUAACCAGAUCGCCUUCAUGGCAGAGACCUUCUUCACACCCGAAACGACGUCCGUCCUGGCAAAGAUCCUCGAACCCAAGUACAACGGCUCAGUCGGGCGCUCCGCAGCAUGGGCAGACGCGUAUGCGCACACGAGCGAAGGUCAUUUCUCCUAUCAGUGGCACUGGAUCGACACGCACGACCGCCAGCCUGAAUCUUGCAGUCUAGACUAUACACGGGAUUGCGCCAAGGGCGGGUGUGUUGUCAGUGCUAUUGCAAAUCAGACCAAGAUACUACAGGAAUGUGUACAACAAGUGUAUGCUGAUGAUUUGAUCCGAAGCCAAAACCUGACAUGCUCUUAUGCACUCAAGUGGGUAGCUCAUUUCUUGGGCGACAUCCACCAGCCCUUGCAUGCGAGUGGUCGCGCUGUAGGAGGCAAUACGUUCAGGGUGGUGUUUGGUGGAGUAUCGACGCAGCUCCAUGCCGUCUGGGACGGCUAUCUACCAUAUUUCUCGGCCAAUGUCCAGCAGCCUUUCUCAAACCAGUCGAUCGACCCAUUCUUCUCAGGACUCGUUACUCGUAUUCGUAAAGACCAGUUCUACUCGGCGCCGUACAUGUGGCUGGCUUGCACCAAUCCAUCAACACCCGAGGAGUGCGCUACGAGUUGGGCAAAAGAGAGCAACAGGUGGGAUUGCGAUUAUGUGUAUAGUCGCGUGGUGAACGGCACCGAUCUUGGUACCAGCGGAUAUGCAACAGGCGCUGUACCCAUCGUAGAGCUGCAGAUCAGCAAAGCCGCGCUCAGACUGGGUACCUGGCUGAACAAGCUUGUAGAAGAGGCCAAGAGUGCUGUGAAAGAAUCCGAAGUGAUGGAGCUUUGA